GCAAACACAGCUCGCUCGCUCACCGUUUUGUUCCUCUCUCGUCGCGCAAGCUCCCGCAUACGCUUGCAGCCUUUUCCGCUAGUAUCACAUAGCGCUAUGCCUCUGGAUCUCAAGGCCCUCGGUGUUACUUUGGGCGUGGACGUGGCCAUAGCGGCGGUGGCGCUGGGCCUGCUCACGGUGCUGCGGGCGGUGCGGCCCACACGCCGCUUCUACGCACCCCGGAGGUGGCUGGCUGGGGGCGGCGGGUACGCCUCUGCCGCGGUGGCCUACGGCGGCGGCGGCGGCGCCGAUGGCGGUCCGGGCACGCCGCUGCGGCCGCGCCCCCCGCGGCUGCGGUGGUGGGCGUGGCUGUGGCAGCUGUGGCGACUGCCGCCGGAGCGGGUGCGGCAGCUGGCGGGCAGCGACGGCGCGCAGUACCUCAACGCAUUGAAGCUGGGCCUGCACAUAUCGCUGUACCUGUCUGUGUGGUGCCUGGCGGUCAUACUGCCCGUGAACAUGGCGGGCUCUGAGGUAGAUCGCCUCAUUGCCAGCCAGCAGCAACAGCGGCAGCAGCCACAGCGCCCGCCGCCGCCGCCUGCGCCACCGCCGCCACUGCACCCUGCGUCAGCAGCGGCAGUAGCACCACCAUCACCACCGCCACCGCCGCCGCCGCCAGCUGCUACUGCCGCCGCUGACCCACCUCCCAGCGGCUCCGCGAGUGCUCACUCGCCAUCGCCGCCGACGUCAGAGCCGCCGCCAUCUCCUCCCGAAGACAUCCUCACGCCGGCCGAGGCCGCCGCCUCCGCUGCCGUCGCCGCCGCCCGGGCCACAGCGGAUGCGGCGGUUGCGACGGCAGCCCGUUUCCACAGCAACACCACCAGCAAUAACAAUACUGCUGACGCUGCUAUUAAUGCAAGUGGGAGAGCGCGCAACGCCUCGGAAGUUACCCCACCGCCGCCGCCGCCACCGCCUCCGGCGCAUACAGCCAACGAGGCUAGGCGGGGACACAUCUCAACGCCCGCGGAGGCGGCGGCUGACGCGGCGAGGGAGGCGCUGAAUGUGGCGGCGGAGGAGGCGGUGGCGGUGGCGGCGGAGGCGGGUCACGGCGGGGAGGGGCCUGCCGGCGGCGGCGGCGGCGGCGAGGCGGCGGGCGCCGCCACCUUUGCGGCGGCGGCAGCGGCGGAGCCGCCAGCUGCAGCUGCUGGUGGUGCUGGCGGCGGUGGGGGCAGGAAUGCCAGCAGUGGAGGGGGUGGGGGUGGAGGCACGUCGUACGUGUUCAGUGAUCUGGACAGGCUGUCCCUAGCCAACGUCGCGCCCGGCUCGGCGCUGCUGUGGGCGCACCUGGUGUCUGUGUACAUGGUCACGGCCAUCACACUGAGGGUGCUGUGGCAGCAGAGCAAGGAGGCGGUGGCGCUGCGCGUCUUGCACGUCACACACACGCCUCCGGGCGGCAGCUCGCACACCGUGCUGAUAAGAGACAUUCCAGGCCUAUCCUAUGGCACCACGGCGCACCAGGCUCGGCACCUGCUCGCCAGGGCGACGCUGUUCCGCUUCCUGCCACGGCCGCUGCGCUCGCGGCUGGAGGGGGCGCUGGUGGGGCUGCUGGGCGGCACUCGGCAGCGCCUGGAGGCGGCAGCUAGGACCGCCGGCAGGUUAAACUGCGUCUCGCCUCACAGCAGCUCCGACUGGGUGGCUGGUAUGCAUGCGGCCCAGCGCCGCUUCAUUGCCGACCACCUUGCGCCGGCUGCCACGCUGCCUGGCCUCAAGGUGUGGGCUGGUGACUACAACUUCGUAUGCAACGCCGCCAUUGACACCCUCCAUCGCGGCGGCCGCCUCCUGGACCCCGGCACGACCUCCCUCUUCGCCUCCACCUGCGCCUCCCCUGUGGACUCCUUCCGCCACCUGCACCCUACCCGCCGGUCCUUCACCUUCAUCAACCAUAUGGGUGCCUCUCGCAUUGACCGCAUCAUGCUCUCUCCGGAGCUGCUGUCGUCGCUGCGUGCGUGCGCCCAUGUGCCUGGCCGGCCGUCCGAUCAUCGCCUGGUUGUGGCCACCCUUGCCCCAGUCGACGGUGCCGUCUCUCCUGGCCCUGGCUUGCGGCGGCUCAGUGAUGCCUACCUCGCGUUCCCCGACCUGCGCCGCUCGCUGCUCGACUGGAACCGCGGCGCCUGUGCCGCCGCCCCCGAGGCGCCGGUGCCGCUGCUGCGGUGGUUUGUGGCCUACAAGCGCGACCUGGUGCGCACGGUUGGCCGCCUUAACCGCAUCGCCCGUGGCCGCAUCCUUGAGGAGACAGCGGAGGAGGCGGCGGCCCGUGCUGCUGAGGCGGCCGCCCUAGCGGUGGUAGAGGCUGGAGGCCCCGAUGCUGCUCAGGCUGCUGCUGCGGCCGUCGCCGCGCGUUCCGCGGCUGCCGCAGCGGCGCAGCGCGCGGUCGCUCGGCACGCUCGUGCCGCCCGCCUCCAGUGGCUGCGCACCCGCGAGACGGCUUCGCCUGCGAUCACGCGGCUUGUGCGGCCCCCUGGCGGCGCCGCGCGCAUUGCGGCAAUCCGGCGCCCGGACGGCAGUGUGUGUGACUCCCUUCCCGAAAUCCCCACACAUAUUGUCGACUACUGGCGGCGCAUCAGUGCUGCGGUGGCUACGGACCCGGACGCCUGUGACCGCGUACUUGCGGCCCUUGCAGCAUUUGGGCGGCGCUGCACUGACGAGGACGCUGUGCGGCUUGGCGCCGACACAGUGAGUUCAGCUGAGGUGGAGGCUGCCCUGGCGGCGGCGCCGGCUGGCAGCACCCCGGGCCGCGACGGCAUCCCGGCUGAGUUGUACCGGGAACUGGGGGGCCCCACGGCACGCGUGCUUGCGCGUGUGUUCACGGCCUCCCUCGCUGCUGGUGCUCCUCCACGCGGCUUCCUCGAUGGCGUCAUUACAUGCUUCAGCAAGCCCGGGGACCCCCUGCAGCCUUCGUCGUAUCGGCCCAUUACGCUGCUCGGCACGGACUACCGCACGCUGGCCCGCGUCCUCGCCAGGCGGCUCAUCCCCGUCUUCAGCAACGUCAUCCACCCCGCCCAGACAGCCUUCCUGCCCGGGCGCCGCAUCGCCGACAACGUCCUACUGCUGCAGCUUCUGCCGGAGCUCAUGCGGGUGGCCGAAGGCGGUGGCCCUGGCGGCGGUGGCGGGGGCGGGGGCGCUGCGGGCAGCACCGCUGACGCUGACCGCGGCGUUGUGGCCUUCCUGGACUUCUACAAAGCCUACGACACCCUGGACCGCAACUUCCUGUACCGGUGCUUGGCAGUCAUGGGCGUUGGCAGUGGCUUCCUGGCCUGGGUCAAGCUGCUGCUUACGGGCACGCGCUCUGCCGCCCUGGCUAACGGCUACCUGUCGGCCUUCGUCCUCAUCAUUGCGGGCGUACGGCAGGGGUGCCCGCUGGCGCCUCCUCUGUACUUGGCGCCGGCCCAGGCCCUCUUCGCCUACCUCGACCGCGCGGGCUUUGGUGUCUCCUGGGCGGAUAUCCGCCUCGUCGCUACUGCCUAUGCGGACGACGCUGCGCCGUUCCUGCGUCGGAUGGCCAACGUGCCUGGUUUCCUGGCAGCUAUGGAGACCUUCCGCGCCGCCUCUGGGCAGCGCCUCAACCUCGACAAGGUGGAGCUUCUGCCCAUCGGUGCACGGCGCCGCGCCACUCCUGCUCCCGCCCGCGCUGUCGCUGCUGGCUUGGCGGCUGGCGGCGCAGCGGCUGGUAACAUGGCAGCUCACGGCGUGGCGGCGACCAGUGUGGCAGCUGCCGGCGGCAUGGCUGCCGGCGGCGCGGCGGCUGGUGUCGCGGUGGCUGGCGGCGGCCCCGGCGCCAGCCACUCUGGUGGGGGCAGCUUGGCGGCCGGUGGUGCGGUGCCUUCUCGGGCGGGCGCGGUUUGGGCAGCUGCCGGUGUUGUGGUCACUGGUGGCGUGACGGCCGGCGGCUCCGCCGCGGGUGCUGGCGGUGCCGUAGCCGCGCCUGCCCCGCCCAACACAGUUGCUAUGGCGCAUGGCUUGCGCGUAGUCUCGCACUCGCGCACGCUGGGUGUGGUCUUCUACGACCUCCCACUUGGCACGGCUGCAGUCCAGGGGGCUCCUUCCCUCUCCCCUGCCAUUGGCACCCUGGGGACGCUCUGCGGCCUCCCCCUAACUGCCUUUGGCCGUGGCUUCUGUGCCUCCUCCUACGCCGUCAGCCGUGUGCUCUACCAUAUGGAGUUUGCGGGUCUGCCGCCGCAGACGGUUUUGGCAGACUUCCUCAAAACGCUUGUGCGGUUUGUGGACCGCCGCAUCAUCGUUGCCACGCCGCAAGGUGCUGGCCGGGCCCGACUUCCCGGCCUCCCCUCCGACUGCGUCGCCCUGCCGCCACGCGAUGGCGGCUUUGGACUGCUGCCGGUGGUGGAACACGUGCGCGCCCGGCACGCUGUGUUGGCUGUGCGCUGGCUGCAGCACAUGCACGGCUCUGCGGCCGGCACCUACGUACCGCCGUGGACAGCCGCCGCCACCGCCCUGGUGCAGCAGCUACACACGGCCGCCCACCCCCUCUGCGUCCUGACGAUGCAGCGGGCGGCCGGCGGUGUCGGACCCGCUGCCGAUGGCUGUGCAAUCUUCGGCCAGCCGGUGGCGGCAACCUGCCCGGCCCUCGUGCGCCUCCUGGGUGCCCUCAGCUACCUGCCUCCGGUCACAAUCCUACGCCCGGCUGUGCUGGUGCCCGGGCCCUGGUGCUUUGCACUUCCGCUCUGGGGCAAUCCUGUCUUGCCGUGUGCGGCGGGGCUUCAGGCGGGUGGCUUGGAACGUGACUUCCCGGCUCUCAUGGCGCUGCCGGGUCUGCUCACGCUCGGCACGGCAGUGCGGUGCUGGGAGGCGCUGGCCGCGGUGCGCCAGCUGGUGGCUUCCAAGCCGGCUGGUGCGCUCGGGCCGCGCCUCGCGCGUCGCUGCACUAUGCAGUACAAGCGGUCCGUCCUGCGCCCCAUCCUGCCCAUUGCGGAUAUGGCGCGCGUGCCGCCGGAGCUGCAGUCCGGCCCGGAUGCUGCUGCCCAAUUCUCCGCGCUGCUGGCCCGUGUACCGGCGGCGUGGAGGGUGGCGGCGUCGGCCACAUUGCAUGCGCCUGGCGGCGCGGCCUCCGCGCCUCCUGCCCCCCAGGUAUGGCUGAUGCUUGCGCAGAGCCUGGGAUGGCGGCAUGGCGCGGCUGACGUGCCCUUGCUGACCCUUACGGUGAAGCAGGCAACCCAGCUUCAACUUGCGCCUGCGUACGACGCACUCCGCGUGCGUCACUUGGCCUUCAUCCAAGAGGCCUACAGCGGCGCCGCGCCGCCAGCGGAAGCGAUUCAUGCGCUGCGGGCGGCCCUGGCGCGGCUGUGGGCUUUGGUGUGGGAGCCGCGACACAAGGAACCGCUCUGGCGUCUGGCAGUCAAUGGGUUCACGGGCUUUGGGAUGCUUGCGGCGUGGGCCGCAGAUGGACGCGUGGAGAAAUGCCCGUGUGGGACUCAGAUGACUGCUGGGGCUAGGGUUCAUCACUUCUGGGACUGUGUGGUGGCGGAGGCUCUGCGUGAUGUGAUGCGGGAGCAUGCGAAUGUGGACAUCACACGGAACCAGUUGUGGUACCUGGACCGUGUGGAUGCGGGGCUGGGGCUGGAAGCCCCCAGCACCAGCAGCGUCUCCCCCGCCCACCAUGCCCAUGGCCCAGCAGCAGCAGCAGCAGCAGCAGUAGCAGCAGCUACGGCCGCGCAGCCGCAGGUGCAGGUGCUACAGCCGGCGGCGCUGCUACAGCCGGGCGGGCACGUGGUGAACACGCUGUACGCGGGCCGGGUGCGGAGCGUGCUGCCGGUGGUGGUGUCCACGGGGCAGAUGCCAGCGGCGGCGGCGGCGGCGGCGGCGGAUGCGGAGGUUGGGCGGGGCAGUAGCGAUGGGGGCUACGGCACCACCAGUGAUGGAGGGCAAGGGCAGGGCCAGCAGCCCACGUCACGAACGGCGCCGGCGCCGGCGCCAGUGCCGGAGCAAUACCUGCUGGCCGCCGCUGCCGCCGCCUCAGCAGCAGUAGCAGCAGUAGUAACUCCAGGGGCGCAAGGCACGGCAGCUCCGUCCCCGGCGUCGUCAGUGAGGGGCGCCCUGCCACAGCAGACGGCCCCGGCAGCAGCACCCUGUCAUUACCCUGCCCUGGCCUCGCCCUAUGCCCCUGCCCCGCUCCCUCCGGCGGCCUCACCGCCGCCGCCCCCCUCGCCUUCCUCGUCUUCCACCGCCUCCUCCUCGACAAUGCUGCUGCGACGGCGGCGGCGGCAGCCGCAGGCAGAAGCAGGGGAAGCAGGCAGUGGCGGCAGCGGCCGCGCUGGCGGCGGCGCUAUCGAGGCCGGCGGUGCUGGCGGAGGCAUCGGCACUGGCAGUGGCAGUGCUGCUACUGCCAUUGCUGCUACUGCUACAGCCGCCGAGCUGCUGCCUCCCGCGCUGCCGCCCAGCGCCUGGUCGCGGGCGGAGGCGGCGCUGCGGGUCAUGGAGCCGCCGGAGUACGUGGUGUGGGAGCUGGGCCACGUGUUCCCGCCCUGCCGCCCCGUGGCCCUGCACCUCGUGCGGGACGAGCGCCGCCUGCAGCCGCACGUGACCGCGUACGGCGCCGUACGGCGGUCGUUGGAGGACCUGCUGGACAACUACGAGCGACAGUUGGCGGCGGCGCGAGCGGCGGCGGCGGCAGUUGGCUCGGCGGUUGGGCCGGCAGCUGGUGGUGGCGGUUGGUGGAGGUCGUGCUGCUGGCGGCGCCGCCCGCCGACUGUGCAGCGGCGCAAGGUGCGGGUGCUGGGCCCGCUGCUGGGCUCCUGGGCGGUUGACCUGUACGGCGUGCGGCCAGUGCGAGUGGACGAGCUGCUGCACCUCCGUACACACCUGGAGGUGCUGUACGAGCAGGUACGGCAGGGGCUGGACGAGAGCCGCCACGACCUGCCGUACGUGCCCACUGCCUUCGUCACCUUCAGCCGGCGCUGGGAGGCUGCGGUGGUGUCCAGUGCGCUGUGGGACCGGGACGAGGGCGUGUGGCGGGCGGCGCCCGCGCCCGAGCCGGGCGAGGUGCUGUGGGGCAACCUGAGGCUGAGGCUGUGGCAGCUCAACUACCGCGAGGGGGUGUUGCGGCUGGCAUUUGGCGCGCUGCUGCUCACAUACGCAGUUCCCAUCAGCGCCCUACAAGGGCUACUGCAGAUCCGGCGGCUUGAGAAGCUGCCUGUGUUCCGAGCCCUGGUACGGGUCCCUAUAGUCCGCAGCCUGCUGGCCGGGCUACUGCCGGGUGUGGUGCUGCGGCUGCUGCUGCUGCUACUGCCGGCGGCGCUGGGGCGGCUGGUGCGGUGGGCGGGCGCCCCCAGCCGCAGCCAGGUGGACUUCCGGACCACCACCCUAGUGUUCGGGUUCCAGGUGGUGGCUGUGUUCGUGGCCUCCUUCCUGGCGGGCGCUCUACUCAACCAGAUCGGGCGCUUCGUGUCGGAGCCGGGGGCGGUGCUGACGGUGCUGGGCACGGGCGCGCCACAGACCGCAUCGUUCUUCCUCACCUACAUACUCUUCACGGGGCUUGUGCUUGGGCCGCUGGCGGCGCUGCGGCUGUGGGGGCUGCUGCAGUUCGCGGUGCGGUACGGCCUGGCUCCCACACGCCGAGCCCGGGCAAGACUGCUGGCGGCGCCGCCCCUGACCUUCGCCGCGACUGUCCCCUCACACAGCAUCGCCCUGCUGCUGGGCCUGGUGUUCAGCUGUGUGAAUCCGCUGGUGCUGCCGGCCGCCGCCGCCCACUUCCUCCUGUCGGGGCUGCUGGAGCGGCACAGCCACUGCUACGUGUGGGCGCGGGAGUACGAGAGCGGGGGGCGCAUGUGGAGCCAGGUGUUUGGCCAGGUGAUGACGGGCGUGUACCUGUUCCAGGCGGUCAUGAUCGCGCUGCUGGCCAUCAAGCGGUUCCCCUGGGCGCCGUUGGCACUGGGGGCGCCGCUGGCCGCAGCCGCGUUCCAGCGCUCCGUGGUGCGCAUGUACAGUCGGCCCUGGAACACCACCUCGCUGCGAGACGCAGCUGACCUGGACGCCGCAGACCGCAAGGGGCACCAACAACAGCAACAAGAGCAGCAAGAGCAACACGAGCAACAACAGCAGCAAGGGCAGCAACAGCAGCAACAGCAGCAACAGCAGCAACAGCAGCAACAGCAGCAACAGCAGCAACAGCAGCAACAGCAGCAACAGCAGCAACAGCAGCAACAGCAGCAACAGCAGCAACAGCAGCAACAGCAGCAACAGCAGCUGUUGUCGCACCGGUCGCAUGACCUGCGGUCGCCGCCACCACAGCCGCCAGCUACCACCGCUUCGCCGCCGCCGCCGCCAGCACCGCACCCCCACCACCCCCACCACCCCCACCAGCCCCAUCACCGCCACGGCUCCAGGCGUAACCAGCCACACCAAACACAUGACCCCCACCACCCCCGCCGACACCCAUCGGGGACGAGACCACCGGCCACGGACACACGCGCUACAGCCGUGUUGUCACCUCUGGCCCCUCCACCUCCGCUGCAUCCAGCAGCAAGUGCUGCUGCUGCUGCUGCUGCUGCCGCAGGCGGCGACGGCGCGGCGGCGCCGCCGCCGCCGCUACCGCCGCACGCGACUGCCGCUGCCGCGCUGCCUCUGCCGCAGUCGGAGGUGGUGCCGGCGACUGUGGCGCCCAUGGCGGGUGCCGAUGACUCCGUCGGUGGCGGCGGCGGCGGAGGUGGGAGUGGAGGUGCCGGUGGCGGUGGUGGUGGUGGUGCUGGCGGAGGUGGUGGAGGCGGCGGUACCGGAGGCGACAGCAUUGGACCGCAAGGCGGCUCAUCGGGGGCGCGAGCCCGUCAGUCGGCGCCUGCGGGUCCGCAGCAGGCCGGUGCCGCCGGGGCCGGCGGCGCCGGAGGCGACGGCGAGGGUAGGGGUGGCGACAAAGCCCGGGACGACGGCGCUGCCGGCGGCGGCACAGUUGAUGGCGGCAGUGGCCCGCCCUCAGCACCUUGCAAAACCUCAUCCCCACCCCCACCCCCAGCCCCAGCCCCAGCCCCAGCCCCAGCCCCAGCCCCAGCCCCAGCCCCAGCCGCGCCGGGCCUGCUGACGUCGCUGUACCUGAGCCCGGCGCGGCAGCUAGUGUGCGGCUGGGGGGCGGCGGCGCACCGGCGGCUGGUGGAGGAGGCAAACGUCAUGGACCGCAGGCUGCAGGUGGCGGCGGCGCUGGCACCGCAGGCGUCCGUGGGCGUGUCCCCCCUGGGGCUGGGGGCGCCCGGCUACAGCAGCGGCAGUAGCAGCGGCAGCGACAGCGAUGUCGAGCAGGAGGAGGAGGAGGAGGAGCGGGGCAGCGAUGAGAAUGAUGCAGAGCAGGGCCUGGUACGACGCGGCUAGGAGGAUGAGCGGGCGUCGCAGCUAGCUGGGUGCUGAGUUGGGGUUGUCGCCAAGAAAGUGUCAGGGGGAUGGCGGUUCACGAGUGACAGCAAGGAGUUGGCGAGGCCAUGAGGGGAGCACGAGGUUAGGUGGGCGUGCGUGGGCCUUGUGACUCUGUGCAUCAGUUUAGGAAAGUGUGCGCGCGCGGAAGACGUGUUGGAAGAACUUGAUGAACUCAUAAGCACC